AGUUCUUCAGUUUUUUCGAAAAUUUCUUCAAUCGAGCGGGUUUUUAGCGAAUUUUGCGAGUUUUCUUUUAGUUAAACGUUUUGAGCGAGGUGAUUUAAAAAUGGCGGCUCUUCGAGAUGAUGCUACACUAGAUUUUAGCGUUCAAAACGAUGUUGAAAUUCAAUUUAUCGACGAAGAAGACUUCCCACUUGCUAAUUUAAACGAGCACCGAGCCUCUGAUCAGGAAUUUUACUCUGGUGCAUCUGAAUCAAGCUCAGAGGAUUCUAGUGAAGAGUCCGCAGAGGACGAAAACACUGAGACUGAAGUGCAAUUUCCUGAAGAAUGGUCAAGAACGGUCGAACGCAGAGUAGAUAUUGACUUCAGUGAAGAACCAGGAAUACCGGUAAAUGUCAACACAAGAAACCUGAAAUGUUUGGAUUUCUUUGAGCUCUUUUUUACACAAGAGGUAUGGCAGUUGUUAGUUAGUCAAACUAAUUUGUAUGCAGAGCAGAAGAGAGGGCCAGCAGAAAGCUCUGCAUGGUAUCCAGUAACAGAAGAUGAAAUGAAGGCUUGGAUUAGUCUUUAUCUAAAUAUGGGGCUGGUAACUAAACCAAGUCUUAAUUCUUACUGGAGCACUGAUCCCAUCCUAAGUUCUCCUUUCUUCCCAUCUGUGAUGUCCAGGACACGUUUCCUGCAAAUCUUGCGGUACUUGCACUUUGCCGACAACACCCGUGCCCCCCCAAGAGAUUCUGAAGAUUACAAUAAGCUGUACAAAAUUCAGCCUUUCCUGGAUUUGCUUAUAGCAAGGUUUCAGGCAGUUUACACACCUGAGAGGCAACUUGCCAUAGAUGAGACUUUAAUUAAGUUCAAAGGCAAAGUGCACUUCAGACAAUUUAUUCCUAUAAAGCCAGGAAGAUUCGGGAUAAAGGCUUUCACCCUUGCAGAGUCCAGCAGUGGUUAUGUAUUGAAUAGCAAGAUUUACACUGGCAAGGAAAACAAUGAGGUUCAGAGAGAUUUAGGGAGGAAGGCAGUUAUGUCUGUGUUGGAACCUUAUCUAGAUAAAGGAUUCUAUGCCUUCAUGGACAAUUAUUAUACAUCUGUAGCCUUGUUUGAGGAGCUAGAAGUAAGGAAAACACUUGCAUGUGGCACUGUAAGGUCCAACAGGGUACACUUGCCAAAGGAGAUUUGUGGUGUCAAAGAAAAGGCAGUGAAAGAUCUUGUAAGAGGGCAGUGUCUGUACAGGCAAAAGGGAAAUUUGACUUGCGUGACAUGGCGUGACAGGAAGCCAGUUAGUGUUUUAGCUACCCUUCCCACCAGCACAAUUGACUCAAGCACAGUGCAGCGGUCAGUCAAAACAAACGGGAAGUGGGAAAAGAAGGAAUUCAAUCGACCAGGUGUAAUUGACCUCUACAACACCUACAUGGGUGGCGUAGAUGUGUCUGACCAGAGAAGUGUUGCGUAUGCUAGACUAAUGAAGGGGUCAGUCUGGUAUUACAAAAUUUUCUUUUACAUGAUAGAGGUGUGUGUAUCAAAUGCACAUAUUCUCCACACCAGGUCACAAAAUCAUGUCAGUAAAAGAGCUCUAGAGUUUAGAAUGCAACUGAUCAGUGGAUUAGUUCAAGGCAAGUGCUUCCGGAAGGACACAGGAUUAGUGCAGACCCCUGUUCCUAUCCCUGAUAUAAGGUUCAAUCGUGAUCAUUUUCAUUACCCUGUAAGUAACGAAACACGAUCAACCUGCAAGGUGCAUGUUCAGAAAGUUAAAACAAUAUACAGCUGUGCCAUUUGUGGUGUGAGAAUGUGUCCUGAGCCAUGCUUUCAAAGAUACCACACAAUGCAAGACUAUUUCUUUGAAGAUGAAAGUCGAAAUGGCCCCAGGCGGCUGAAAGAAGGAAGAGGGAGGCCAUAUCAAAGAGGGAGAAGGAGAACAUUAAGAAACUAACUCUGUAUUGCUUAAGAGCCUGUUUAUGAGCUACUGAGGCACAAGAUUAGUGGUUGUAUAACCCACAGAGGAACUCUUUGUAUCUUAAGAAUAUUUCUUAUGAUGUUUUUAUUUUAAGAAUUUUUUCCUUGUAAUAGGAAGUUAUAAUUUGUCUUAAAUUCUCCCAAUUGGGGUAUAUUGCCCUAAAAAAUAUUGCUUAUCCCUUGAAACAUUGUAGAAAGUUGAUUAGGAUUGGAAAUAGUUGGAUUUUUUUCUUGAGAGCAAGUGAUUUCAAAUUUUCUUUAAAAAUGUGCAUAAUUAUGAAAAUUAUGCCUGUCAUGACGUCACAAUUUUGACAUGUGUCAUAAUUUGUAUACUUGACGUGAAAGAAUAUUUAAUGUACUUUCUAAAUAUAUAUGGUUUUAUAGGGUUUUAUUGUAAAGAAUGAGCUUGACAAGCAUUUUUGUAAUAUAUACUCAUUUUUGGGACAAAUAAAUACCACCCCCCUUGGUAUACAAAG